AUGGGGCCUGCCCCCAUUCUGUUUAAACCCGAAGCUGACGAGACCCUGGGCAUAUACCUCUCUGUCUCCGUCUGUUCAAUCCGUUCGGUCCUCACCCGAGAGGCUGACACUGUUCAGCAGGCACCUGACGGGACCGAGGUGGAAUAUGCUCUUCACUUCCAGUUUAAAACUACGAAUAACGAGGCAGAGUACGAGGCUCUGCUCACAGGGCUCUGCCUUGCCCAAGACCUCUACGCCAGAGAAAUCAGCGCACAUAGUAAUUCCAUGCUCAUCGUCAACCAGAUCAACGAUACCUACCAAGUCAAAAGUAAGAAUAUGUGUCAGUACGUAAAAGAAGCACAACGCCUAGCAUCACUCUUCACCCGCUUCACCAUCUCCCAAAUUCCACGACGCCAAAACGGCCGAGCUGACGCCCUCGCCAAACUAGCCUCGACCCUCGACGGGGGGAUCAAACGGGUUAUCCCGAUUGAGUACCUCACCAAACCUACCAUCACCGACACGCCCGACAAGACGAUGACAGUAGGGAUCGACGCCAACUGGAUGACCCCUAUCUAUGAAUAUCUUGCCGACGGGACUUUACCUAUCGACAUCGACACAGCCUGUAGGCUACAGCUCCAGUCCGGCCGGUAUACCAUCAUCAAUAAACAACUCUAUAAGCGAGGCUUUUCCUUGCCCUAUCUACGAUAUGUAACUCUCGAAGAUGGACACGAGAUACUCCGAGAAGUACAUGAGGGUGUCUGCAGAGACCACUCCGCCUCUCGGGCAAUGGCAUCUAAAAUCCUACAUCGAGGCUAUUAUUGGCCCUCACUGAGAACUGACACCCUCCUUGUCACUCGCAAGUGCCAACAUUGUCUGUUAUUUUCUAACAUCAUACAUCAACCCCCCGAGCCACUCACAACCAUGGCUAGCCCGUGGCCCUUCACCCAGUGGGGCCUGGACCUGAUUCGGCCCAUGCCCGAAGGAAAUGGACUGACAAAAUUAGCCAUCAUAGCAGUCGACUACUUCACCAAAUGGGCCGAGGCCGAACCACUUGCCACUAUCAUCGAGGCCCGUGCCCGUGCGCAUCCACAGGCUAAUGGCCAAGUCGAGGCCGUCAACAAAAUCAUCAAAUGCACUCUAAAAAAGAAGCUUGGCGACAAAAAAGGUGACUGGGCCGAGCUCAUUCCCCAAGUUCUGUGGGCCUAUUGCACCACCCAACGCUCCUCAGCGGGCGAGACCCCCUUCUCUCUAGCCUUCGAUUCCGAGGUAGUUAUACCAGUCGAAAUUGACCUACCAACCUAUCGUGUGACACAUUUUGAUCCUGAGCAGAAUGCCGAGUUGUGUAACCUUGACCUCGACCUGGUAGAGGGCCAGAGGUUUCACGAUGAAAUAACGCUCGCCACAUACCAGCAACAAGCGGCGCGAUACUACAAUAAGAAAGUCCGACCUCGGACCUUCCGCCCCGGGGACCUUGUCCUACGUACCGUACUACUCAUCACCUGA